GGCCGAUCGAUGUAUAGUGCUUCGCUAUAAAAGUAGCAACCGUGCUGGAAGUCGUCUUAUUUGGUGCUGAACAGCAUCGAAACUGCUCCGGAGUUCGGGUGCUCUGGGACCAUCAUGUGCCAUCACUUUACACGAUCGAAGACUUGACGAUUCAACAAGGUUAACAUCAAACCGAAACAAUUAUGUCAAAGAUCUAUCAAGCGUUAUUCACGAUCUUUACCUUCGUCCUCGCUCCAUCCAUCGGUCUGGUGCUGCUAUGCUCGUACCUCUAUCGUCGCAUCGUAGACGUUCUAUUGUGGAUACAGCUGAGGGACAAGUACGUCGGUCUGCUCGACGGAAUGGACCGCGUCUGGGCAGUGGAGGAGUCCACCGCCCUUUCCGUGAACAACAUCUUGUUGAUUCUGGAAAAGGAUGCCCGCCAUUCGAACGUCAACUUCCUGGAAAGUUUUCGUCGCCUGGCGAGGAACCGGAUACUCGGAUCAUCUUACGAGAAGCUGCUGUACAAGAGGAGGAGCAAGUUCGGCUACCACUUUUGGGAGAGAACCGACCAGAUCGAUCUAUCGGAACGAGUCAGGUGGCUGGAGUACGAGCGCACCAGCUGCAAUGGCUCCUGCGACAACAUUUACAACGGUCACCUGAAGAGGAUACUGUGGAACGUUUGCAAUCAGCCCCUGCCGGAGGAUCACACCGCGUCCUGGGAGAUUUUGAUCGGGAAAUGUUGCCCCAGGUCGAGCCACCACUACCUUCGACGGCUGGAGGAACAUUUGACCUGCAAGAUCCGGAUCCCCGUGUUGAUUCGCGUCCACCAUUCCCUGGGCGACGGUAUGGCUCUACUGAGAUUCUUCCGGGAGGUGGUCGUCGACGGGGAACAGGUCCAAGAGACGUGUCUUCAGCUAGAGUACACGAACGUCAGGACGAGCAACGAGGUCGCGAAAAAGAUCGAUAUAACGGUGCCCCAGAUCGGUCAGUUGAAAUCGUACGCGACCGGGGAGAGAAGUUUGGCGUGUUACUUUCAGAAGGACGCUAUGUCGGCUUCCAUGCCGUUCGUCCAUUUGAUGGUGUUCUUCGAGGUCGUUAAAUUUCUGCGGGGACAGUUCAGGAACGGGCUCAAGUACCUUCAGAACGUCACCGCGGAGGAUCUGAGGCAAGAGGCGUGGGCGUUCGCGAAGAAAGAGGGGGACAGAUUGAAAGAUUUCAUAGUGAACGAUGUUUGGAAAACGUGGAAGAAAUGUCUGAGGGCGACGAAAAUUGUCGUCGGUGUUCCCGCGUGUUUGGUUCAACAGGCUUUUCGUAGCAUGGACAAAAGUGCACUCCAUGGAGCAGAACUAUCGGGGGAGAAGUUGGUUACCUACUGGCUGGAGGACGAUUUCAAGAACGCUGGCGACCAGAAGCUCUUCACGAAGAUUCAAAACAUAAGGAGCAUCACCGGUGCAAAAUUUGGGGACGUGAUACUGGCUGCUCUGUCCGUCAGCCUGCAUAAAUACUUUCUUCGCGUGAACGAGCCCACGCCGAAUAAGUUGAGCGUGGUUUUGCCAACGAAAAUAGAGGAAUUGUGUGAAAAUCUGCCCCUGCAGAAUAAUUUCUCGGUGGGCAUAUUGCCCCUUUGCAUUUCCCAGAUAAACGGCAAAGCGUCCAUAGAUCCACGGGAGAAUUCUCAGAUCUUGGAACGUCUGGAGGGCGUUAAAACGGCGAACGACGCGUUGAGAACAAGUCCAGAUUACACGGUUAAUUUUUUGGUAAUGAAGUACCUGUCGGCUGUGCUUCCGGAGAAACUUUUACGGCCGAUCCUUCAAAGUCACAGCACCAUGGUGUUUAGUAAUUUGGUCGGGCCCCAGGAAGUCAAGAUUUUAGGACAUUUGUUAAAGAACUUGGUUUUCUGGAUACCAAACAGAAGUUACACGGGAAUCGGUUGUUCGUUAUUAACUUAUCGAGGCUACCUGCACCUGUCUCUGGUUGCUGACAAGGCGUUGGUGCAGAACGAGAAGGCUCUUUCCGAAAUAUUAGAAAACACAGUGAGCGAAAUCGAUAGUCUUUACGACAGGCUAACAUUGUCAAUUUUCUCGAAGAAGCUCCGCAGGAGUAUAUCAACACCCAUGAAAAAAGCAAUCGGUGUGUUGUAAAAUUGUGGAGAAGGGAAUCAAUUUCGAAUAUUUUUUAUCGUAAGGAAUUUUGUAAUUAAAAAUGUUGAUACUUGUUAUAAAAAAAAACAACUACAUCGCCAUCGUUUUGUAAAUAAUUGUUUAUAAUCGUUUCUUUGUAACUACUUCAUGUUCACCCCGACGACACCACACACCUGCGUUGAAUUUGUAACUAAACAAACAUUUUCACGAACGUGUACCUACAUUUUCUGAAAUAUUUCGCUAGUAGUGCAGGAAGAACCAAGUUCACAAUCGAUUGUAAAGAGUAUAAU